UAACAAUGUCGUGCGACCUGACUGAUCCAGCCAUUUCAGAGGCAUAUCAAGCCAUCAUCGCUGGCACUCCAACUAACUGGCUUAUCCUUGGAUACCAUGAUACGCGGGAUAAAAUUUCUUUGUAUUGUAAAGGUACAGGAGGUUUAGAAGAACUCAAAUCCAAUCUGAAGGAGGAAGUUCUUUAUGGUUUUGUACGCAUUGAGGACCGUUUCGUGAUUCUCGCUUAUGUCUCUGAACAAGUCAGUGGGCUUCGCCGUGCCCGUGCUUUGGUCCAUGGCAAGGCUGUAGGAGCACUUUUCAAGGAAGCCCAUGUUCAGAUCAAUUCCGCAAAUCUUGCUGACCUGGCAGAGGAUAAAUUAAGGGCUCGUCUAGGGUUACCCGGGAAUGGUGGUUCCCUUACGCCAGAGUCUUCGGGUUCCCCAGUGAUCGCACCGUCCCCUACUCCUACCAUUCCUCUGGUAGCACCCCGCCCUGUCACACCCAGCUCUCCCCUUUCUUCCUCGAAUGACAACGACGACAACGACGACAACGACGACAACGAUGACAACGAUGACAACGACAACAACGACAGCGCCACCAUCCCACCAGAGAUCUCAAGCCCUGCACGGACAGAGUCUCCCCGCUCUGGCGUGUCCACACCCCGGACAGAGCGUCAACUUGAGAUCGAGGCUGCAGAGCGCAAAGUCCGUGAGGACACGGAGCGUCAGAAACAGGCCGAGAUUAUAAAGCGUCAGCGUGAGACCCAAGAGCGCGAGGCUCGGGAGCAAGAGUUGCUGGCUCAGAAGCAAGCCGAGGAGCUUGAACGGAGGCGUAAAGAAGAGGCCGACAGAGUUUCGCGUGAGGCGAUGAAGAAGCAACUGAUCGAGAUGGAAAGGCUCCGUGGAUCAGGGCUUUCAGGCUUUAUCACUAUCCAAAGCCAUGGUUCACCAUGUUGGAAACGUCGAUUUUACGUGAUGAGAGGUCAAGUCAUAUCUUUUUACCGAGAUGAGCUAGAUAGGCUCCCAAUUUCGGAAAUGAAACUAGGCGGUCGAAUCACCAACAUAGAAGAUGCCUCGAUGGAUUGUUUGAUUCCGAAUGCUUUCAGGGUGGACCUUUUCAUGGGGGAGUCUCAUUUGUUCUUUAGUGAUUCGCUCAGGGAUAAGGAGCUGGCUAUUGCUGGUUUUAUGAAGUGUAGUGAAUCUUCAUAGAG